GUCCUUCAUAUCGUGGGGAAAUAAACAAUAGUCUACGCGUGACACCCUCCACCCCCACAAACAGACCUUUUAUUUAGCCUGAUGCUCCGAGCCAAGACAUAAAACGGGGAGGAUAAGCCUCGGCGAACGAAAGUUAUCGUGGUUACUUGCGUUGUCGUAUGGGCAUGUUCUCGAUCUUGGUGGUAUUAUAUGGCGGCAUAAAGAAAAAGCUGGGCAACUCUAUUAUCCCAGAGUCAACCCAAGGAGCGCUAAUUAUUCGUUAUUAGCCGUUAUAUCUGGGUAAUAGAUGGGAUGUCCGAUAUCCAGUAUAUAAAGCACGAUGCUGCUCAUAGAGGUGAUCAUCAUCAACCGCAAGACACUGAUCCCACACCAAUAAGACAGAAGUUAUCAUCCUUCUCUUCAAUAUGGUUUCGCUCAAAACUCUCCUCGUUGCCUUGACUGCUGCCACUGGGGUUCUGGCCGCCCCCUUUGACUUCCUGCAUGAGGGAGAUGACGGAAACUCCACGGAGGCCCUCCAGAAGCGUUCCACUCCCAACUCGGUGGGAACGCACAAUGGUUAUUUCUACUCGUGGUGGACAGAUGGAGGUGGCUCUGCUACAUAUACCAUGGGCGAGGGUAGCCGCUACUCUGUGAACUGGCAAAACACUGGUAACUUUGUUGGCGGAAAGGGCUGGAAUCCUGGAACUGGCCGAACGAUCAACUAUGGCGGUUCGUUCAACCCCUCGGGCAAUGGGUACCUUGCUGUGUAUGGCUGGACUCGCAACCCCCUUGUGGAGUAUUAUGUCGUUGAGAACUUCGGCACAUACGAUCCCAGCAGCGGAGGCCAGUACAAGGGCACUAUCAACACAGAUGGUGCAAACUACAACAUCUACGUCUCUACCCGCACGAACCAACCUUCUAUUGAUGGCACCUCAACCUUCAAGCAGUACUGGUCUGUUCGCCAAGGGAAGCGUGUCAGCGGAUCUGUCAACAUGCAAACUCAUUUCAAUGCCUGGGCUAGUUAUGGCAUGAACCUUGGUAGCCACUAUUACCAGAUCUUGGCUACUGAGGGAUAUCAGAGCAGCGGCAAUUCUGAUAUCUACGUGCAAACCAAGUAGGAGAGGACUUGGAACUACCGUCUGCUGCAUAGCACUAUCAUACGCAUCAUCCUGUCGACAUUUUAUGAUGUUGACCGUGAACAGCUUGACAGGGCAGGAAGCACGAGAUUGAAGUCUAGUUAUUACAGUAGAGGCUCUGGAUAGCGUUGGUUGUGGAGUUUAUUAAAAGCUGCUCGAAUCACAUUUCCAUCAACUCAGUAUGGUGUGCGGUGUAGUUUACAAUCAAUUCAUAAAUAUACAUAGAG